UCCGGUAUACUAAUGACUGCACACUGCCCACUUCCGCUCUAAAGCAAACAUGCCCUCUACAGAGAAGGCUCAUGGCAAUCAGCAGAAAAGCUGUAGCGUGUGCGGAAUAAUAGGAGGAAGCGGGUUGAUGGCAGCGGGCGGCUACAUUUACUUCCACGCCCGGAAGUUUGUCACUCCGGGCUACAUACCGGUGUCGGCGGCGUUCCAAAUGGUCUUUGCGCUUGGUGUGACAACAUUUGGUGUAGCCACCUUUUUAAAGCCGGCUCUAGAACUAAUUGGUACAAGAUCCAGUAAUCCAAUUCCUAAAAGAUAAUGAGCCCAGCAAGAGGCCUGGACUGCUGAAGGUGUAUCAUUUGUACAGACUAAAGAUGUAGAUCUACCUUUCAAGGACAAGAACUAGACUUGUAUAAGAUUCUUCCACAGAUUUUUAUAUCAUUAAGAAAAUAAAAAUGGUUAUCAAAAAUG